UGAAACCAGGCAAAUUCUGGCCCUGUUGGCUUUCCAUACAGAGCACCGUCGGACCGAGGUCGGUCCGGAUGACAGUUUAACCUACGAGUAGGACAGCAGCAUGUAUCGUCCUGCCUGAAACCCCGUAGUUAACAGGUAUCGACGAGGAUGCUGUCGGUCGAGGAACCACCUCCUCGUUCUCAGCGCAAGAUAACGCGUCGUACACCUGACUGCCCGUAGGGAAGUUGGUUUGUUUAGGCUCACAACAGAUAUCAUUGUCAGGGCGGACUGUUGUUUAACAAGUUACGGAUGCAAGCCCUUUUGCUAGCCUAAACGCAGACUUAGUUUUUUGUUUUAUAGAUUUAAGUAGGUUAAGUAGUUUCACCAUUGCUGGAUAUUCGAUCGCAGGUAACAGUGUUGUCCUGGAAAGCUGACUACCUCGCAGAACCGGUCAAACCAGUUCGUCCAGGACCGGGGAAGUGAACGAAGAGGAUCCACGUAGAGGUAUUUCCUUGGGUUGAAGUGUUUUUUUGACCCGCUCACCUGACCGGUACUCCCACUACCUGCCUUGUUUCCAGCCCACCAGUUGACCAAAUCAUGGCUGCCGAUAAGAGUAAAGGGUCCCCACCACUGGCCCUCCAUAAGGUGAUCAUGGUGGGCAGUGGAGGAGUGGGCAAGUCCGCCCUCACGCUGCAGUUCAUGUAUGAUGAGUUUGUGGAGGACUACGAGCCUACCAAGGCGGACAGCUACAGGAAGAAGGUGGUGGUGGACGGGCAGGAGGUGCAGGUGGACAUCCUGGACACGGCGGGCCAGGAGGACUACGCCGCCAUACGGGACAACUACUUCCGCAGCGGGGAGGGCUUCCUGUGUGUCUUCUCCAUUACAGAGCCCGAGUCCCUAGCCGCCGCUGCCGACUUGAGGGAGCAGAUCGUGCGGGUGAAGGAGGAUGGCCAGGUGCCGUUCAUCCUGGUGGGGAACAAGUCUGACCUGGAGGACCGGAGGCAGAUCAGCACCGAGGAGGCCAGGGCCCGAGGGGAGCAGUGGGGGGUCGGCUACGUGGAGACGUCAGCCAAGACCCGGGCUAACGUUGACAAGGCGUUCUUUGACCUCCUGCGUGAGAUCCGUGGCCGGAAGAUGGAGGAUGGAAAAGAGAAAGGCGGGAAGAAAAAGAAGAGUCUUCUUCAGAGGAUCAGAGACCGCUGCUGCUGUUGGUCGCGCUCCAGCUGAGGAGGCUGGGCCAGACAAACGGCCCUUUGUCUCCGUUUCUACCCCUCCUUCUUGUCCCUAGAGAACCACAGCUGGAGGUGGACCACACCGCUCCCAGUGGUACCCAGAGCCAACAGGUCAAAGACUCAAACGUUCCCAUCGUACCUGUGGGGGGACAGGAGCUUGUAUGGCCGCGAGUAAGUUGCUUUCCUGGCAUUUGUUAAUACAGGCUGAAUGUUUUAAAGAAAAUAGACAACAUAGUGAUGUUCCUUUUAGAAGUUAAUAAUUUGCAGCUGAAGUAUAAUGGCAGCUUACCGAGUGCUGCAUGACUGUGUGGUUGUGGCAAAGUGUCAAGAGUAAUUGUGGUACAUAUUAAUAGAGGCUGAUAACCGGCUAACUGCUGAGAAAUUGAUGUAGGCUCUUAAUGGAAAUUGUGCUUGUCAGAGUCUAUUUAUAAACCUUACUUGAGUAUUUUAAGUGUAUUGUAAACUGGAUGUUUAUCAUUGUGCGCAACUGUCAAAUUAAAGCCAUAUUUACACUACA